AUGUCGGGUUCAGCAGAUAAAGAAGAAAUUCUUCGUCUUCAAUCAAUUGCCAAUUUUCUCGACGGUUAUGCUAUACUCGGUCUCAUUAUCAUUGGAACAAUAGGAAAUCUAAUGAACAUCAUUGUUUUUCUUCGACAUAAAAAACUCCGUCAAAUGACAAAUUUCAUUUUCUUGAUUAUGUUUUUCUUCAGUAAUCUAAUAUCUUUAUGGUCAACUCGUUUUCCACGUAGUAUACUUGCAAUAACGAGCACUGAUUUAUUAAUUGGCAACAUAGUUUAUUGCAAAAUUCGAUGGUUAUUUGGACGUUGGAGUUUCUAUAUGUCAUACAUUUAUCUUUGUUUAUCCUGUAUUGAUCGAUAUUUAAAUACUUCACGUCAUGAACGACUUCGACGUAUGAUGACAUUCAAACGAGCUGUUGUUAUUACAAUUACAAUUAGUUUGAUUUAUUUUAUCAUCUUUAUUCCUGAUGGAAUUUACUAUUCAGGAAGUCGGUGUACUGCGUCAAGUAGUGACCGUGAGAUUUACAAACAAUUUCUUAAUUAUUUUAAUUUAGUUAUGUGUAGUAGUGUUCCAAUGGUUAUUUUAUAUACUUUUUCUCUAUUAACAUGGUAUAAUCUUUAUACAACACGAAAUAUUUCACAUAGUAAACUUCAUCGGCAAGUUAAUCAUAUGAUGAUAGUCGAAUUUACUGUUAUAUUUCUUGGUGCAACACCAAAUUUUGUAUUUAGUAUUUAUACAGAAAUUAGUCAAUCAAUGAUUAAAUCUAGUUUAAGAAUGGCACAAGAAACAGUUGUGAGAUAUGUAUGUGUUAUUUGCAGUUUCUUAUUAUAUGUGGGAACAUUUUAUAUCUAUAUGAUCAUGUCAAGUGUAUAUAGACAAAAUGUAAAAGCAGCGAUCUGUUUUAGAAAACCGAAUCAAAUUGGAACACAUACACUCACUUUGAAAAAUAUAAAAACUACUCAUUAA